AUGAACACCUUCUGUCUCUGGACUCUCUCUGUUGAACAGUGUAAUGCAGCGUGUGGAAAUGGCACCCAGCGCAGGGACAUCAUCUGUGUGAGGAAGACCGGAAGUGACUUCACCGUGAGCGCCGCCAGUGAGUGCUCACACCUGGAGAAACCGUCUCCGGUGCAGCCGUGUGAACUGCAGCCCUGCAAACCGCAGUGGUUCACCACCGAGUGGAGCACGUGCUCUCGGUCCUGCGGUGAAGGGGUGCAGACGCGGGAGGUGCGGUGUCUCACUGCUGACAAACAGCACAACACAGCCUGCGAUCUGGACUCCAAACCUGCCCACGAGCGCUCCUGCAACACCAUACCCUGCAGUCCCUUCGAAGAUGAGAACUGUAAAGACAGACGACAUAACUGCGUAAUGGUGGUCCAGGCUCGACUCUGCGUCUACUCCUACUAUAAGACCGCCUGCUGUGCGUCCUGCACCCAGAGUGCUCAACGGGCCAAAAGACAUUAACCCUGCACAAGCCACAGAGAAGUUAGGUUCAGUUCCAGGAGAGAAUUCCGACUUGAACUGAGCUGAGAUCAGGGUCCCUUUAAAGUGAAAGUUUUAAAAUGUUAUCGCAUAUGGGCUCAUAGUCUCAAAUGAUUCACAGUAGCUCUUUCCCCAGAGAGAGCUGUUUAGUACACUAUACUGUCAAAUACUAAUCCAUUCCUUAAAUGAUCUUUAAACAAAUGCACUGACAUCGCAGGUCCACAUUCUGGACACGUAUAUGAAGAUAUUGCUAAGUGGGAACAAUUCUAUAAGUUGCUUUUGUGCUUUCGUCACACAUGAAGUGUUUCAUAACGGUUUCUUUUUAAUUGCAAGUCAAUGGAUACAGAAUCUGGUAUUUGAACCAGUAUUCCGUCUCAUUUAUUCAGUUUAUGAGUUGUGCGACCAAAGUAUGAUAAAACAGAUGACAAGCAUCAAGCAUCAAUUACACACCUAAUGUGCAUCCUUCACUCCUAAUUAUGUUGUAUUGGCACUAAAAACCUACUGUUGAAAAAGAGGGGAAAAUAUUAUAUUUUCCAAUAAAAAUCAUGAACAUGCAUCAUAAUUACUGCAUAAAAGCGAUAGAUUCUUAUGCAAACAUUGAUUGUCCCCAUAAAAAUAGUCCCUUUGGCCUUGUCUCAGUCCCCUAAAUGGUCCUUAAAAUAUCAGUACUUCAGCAAGAACAUGAAUGCUACAGCAUAAGUGCUCAUGGCUGUCUUAAAAUAGCACACUUAGUGCUGACAGUCAGUCCCACAGAUCGUAUUUGAGUGCAGUGUGAACAGAAAUCUGGACAUCUACUAUGAAUCUAGUCUAUUAAGCUAUUACGAGAAGAUGAGCAUCAUGAUCAGCUCUCUGUAUUUGAUUCACUCUUUAUUCUUUAGGUUGGUUUUAUCUGAAUGUAUAUCAGUUGUUUUGGUGUUUCGUGUUUUUGUCAUUUCGUGUGUGACAUGUUUUUGUUUGUGUGUUUUGGCUUUGUUAUUUCUGGCUGUUUUUAUUGGUUGCCCUCAAUGUAAGUUAAAGGAAUAGUUCACCCAAAAAUCUAAAUUUGCUGAAAAUGUUCUCACCCUCAGGCC